AUGGCUUCCCAGCCACCAAAAUCAUAUCCACGCGCUCAAGCAUAUCCCGAAUCGCAUACUCGCAUUAGCCGCGAUGUGGUUUUUGAUCGCAUCUACCUACUCCUCGCAGACAACCUGCCCACACGGUGGACUCAAAAUCCCGAAGCUCUGGUUCAUGUUUCUAAGAGCAUGGCCAACGUUGUCAUUCGCAGUGGUCAAUAUGGUGACUUUGGUCCAUACGGCCUUGCUUCCCUCAAACAGAUUUCUGUUGAUAUUGGGCACGAAGGCAUAUACCACUACAUGUGUCUAGCAGUACAUCCGAGUUAUGGUGAUGUUCGAGUCAUUUUUAGGGGCGAUCCAUGUGAGCGUGAAGGCAAAGAUCCGAUCAUCCAUCAUGACGUGAUGGCGCUAUGUAGGAAAGGGUUUGACAGGGCAGCUAACAGAUUGCUCGCGGAUAUCAUCUCACAGAUCCCUAGGAAGCGUCCCGCUAAGUAG